GAAAUAGGAGGAGAUUAUUGUAGGGAUUGUGUCAGUUCUGUUUCUUCCUAUUCUCCUCUUUCACCUAAUGGACCGAUAGAAUUAAGAACAAAAAGAGAUAAAUACAAAACUCUUGAACUGCUUAAAGACAAAUUUCCCAACGGAUAUCUUGGCUAUAAAAUGGAGUUUCGAAUUCUUGAAUUUAUUCCAGUAAACAAAAGAGGGGAAAGAAAAUUUUUACAUAUCCAUGUAGUAGUAAAAAUUGGUGGGGCAGAGUUAUUAGAAGUUCGGAUUCCUUCCUUGAAAAUAGAAAAAGAAAACACCAAACUCAAAAGAAGUGAUAGAAAAUCCUGGAUGAAAUUAAUUAAAGAUAAUUUGGACGAUAUUAUGGCAGAAAUAAAAGAAAGAUUAAACAUUUUCGGAAUAAGUUUGAGGAGAAUAAUUGUUUUUCUUGUCAAAAAGGUUUCACGGAAAAAGACAUCCAAGAAAAGAAUUAUCGAAUUGUUUAUGCCGAUUGAUACGGAAGCAAAGAAAUUUAUAACAUUAGCCACCAAAAAUCAGAGUAAAAGAUACCAUCCCGAAUGCCUAGAAAGGGAAAAAUAUUAUUGUUUCCAUAUUCAUCCCAAAAUUUUAAAAGUAGAUAUUCAUCCUGAAUAUAAAAUUACCGUUUUCCUUAAUGAUGGAAGAGAAAUUACCAAGUCUUUUGAGUUGUUUAAAAAACUAGGGUGCCAGGAAAAAGAAUUAGAGCAAUUUGAGAUUGUUAACGACCAUGAAUAUAUUUACUUCCCCAAAGUAGAGCAAAGAAUUUUCGUUGCUAAUUUUAGUGGUGAUU